AUGUCGGCGUUUGUGAACUGGGAAAGCCUUCUUUCACCGGCUUCCCCAAAGGAGAAGGUGAAGGCCCCGGCGCCGCCGCCGCGAGGCAACACGGCUGUGCCGGUGCCGCCCGAGCUGCCGAGUGCUUCGGUCCCUUGGGCCACCGCGGCCACCAUCGGUGCCGUCAUCUUGAGCACGCUGCUCAUACUCUACCUCGUGCGCAGCAAUGCGCGCGCCAAGUCGACAGCCACGCGACUCGCUGCGACCAAGCAGCGACAGGAUGAGGCGAUUAUCGCUGCGGUGCAGAAGACUCUCGGUGAGCAGAUCAAAGCCACCGAGGAGAAGUUCCAGCAGACUCUGGAUCGCCGAAUCAAAGAUAUCCAAGAGACGUCCCAACAGACUCUAGAUGGCCGGAUCUCGGCAAUCGAAGAGACCUCUCAGCAGAUGCUAGAUAGUCGGAUCGCGGCUAUCGAAGAAGCCUUCCAGCAGACUCUAGAUCACCGCAUCGCAGAGAUCGAGGACGCCAUCAGGCGGCGUGUCAACCAGAGACUCGAGGCGCUUGAGUCCAAAAUCAAGAUGGACCAGGAGGCUAUUGAUAGCUUACACAACGCCAUCAAUCAGCGAAUGGAGAUCCUUGAAGACGGGGUGCGCAUCCUUGACGGCAAGCAGCUAGACCAGGAAGCCACACAUAUCACCAGCAGGUCAUUGGGCCAGAGACUCGAGACAGUUGAGGGAUCGCUCCAAGCACUAGACGCCAAGACAAGGGCGUCAAGUCAGAGGAUCGAGGCCGUGGAUGACAGCGCGCGCGUCAUCGACAGCAGGACCAAAGCACUUAGCCAGCGCAUGGAGGCGGUGGAGGAUAACCUCAGCGCGACUGACGGUCAAGUUACACUGUUAUCGCAUGAUGCGAGCCGUGGAGUCGACGCCAUUGAGAGGUUGCAGAAGCAGGUGAAGAAUCUGCCAGGAAACGAGAAGUUGAGGGAGUUGACGGGUGCCUUGGAGGAGAGGUUCAAGGAAUUAGAGAGCCGCAUCAACCAGUACCAACUUGCGAUAGAAGAGGCUCGCGCGGAACCGGAACCGGAACCGGAACCAAGACUCACUUGGUCACACAUCGAGAGCCAGGAGAUCGAACCAACCGGGCCCAUAUACGUCAGGCCCAGCUACGGCCACUCGCCGACAUUGUCAUACGACGGCUCUUUACCCCCAACUCCUUCAUCCAGCGGUCGCUCAUAUUCGUUCACGAGUAGUAAUGCUGGUUAUCCAAUUACAACACCAACAAACUCAAAGAGAAGACGGAUGGAGAUGGCGGCGGGUUUUCAGGAUACGACUUUCGCCUCAAGACAGAAGCUGUUCAACAGCAGACAGGAAAUGCAUCAACGCAAAGAUUCUAUUUUGUAA